UGAGAAAACAUACAGCUGUUUCGAGCAAAGAACACUCAGUCACCUUUGAUUGGGCAAUCGUUCGAGCAUAAUCUAAACUGAAACUGACACUGAGUCGACAAAUUUCCAAGAACCACAUCGAAAACCCUACCACCAUGUCGAGUCUACCCCCAGGCGACCACGAUUCGAGUGACGAUGCCAGUCUGCUCAAGCAAUUGAAAGUGAAGCACCAGAUCAAGCAGGAGGCCGCUCUGGCCAAUGUCCAGGACAUGCUCAACAAGAUGACGCAAAAGUGCUUCCAGAAGUGCAUCAAUCAUCCCGCCGAAUCCCUAGCCGGCUAUGAGCAGAAGUGCAUUGCCAUGUGCGUGGACCGCUAUAUGGAAUCCUAUAGACUGGUCGCCCGCACCUAUGGCGAGCGAUUGCAGCGCGAGCACAGCAAACUCAGCGAUGAAGAAAUUGACGAAUUGGGCAGGCAGUCCGGCACAAUGUAAAUGUGCCGUCGAUCCUUCGCUCUCUCUCUUUCCAGCUUCAUCACAUCAUACAUACUCUGUCAUUAUUAUACGCUUUCAAAUUUAUUGUUCCCAUUUUGGAGUUUCUAUUUUCUAAAAAACAAAAAA